CCGUCGUUGCAUGCGCCAGGUGCUGGUGCUGUGGCUUUUUGUGAUCUGAAGUUCUGGCCUUUUCGGCAGGACCUCGCGUAGAGAAUUCGCGAACGCGCGCGGAUUGUUUUGCGGUCAACCGCGUGGGGUUCGUCGCUUGCGGUGCUAAAGUCUCUUUUCAUUUUUGCGAUCCUCCGCGAUCCACUCAGGUGUGAUUUGUGAUGUGCUGUUAAGUGUACGGCGCUGUUUCAUAAUUUCUUGUGUUUUUGUGUACCUUUGGUUGAUCGCGCGCGAGCGCAAAUCUUCGCAUAAAUCGCGCAGUUUUUUUUUUUAUUGUGAUUGAAGAGAUUUGGAUGUUUUGAUUUGGUGGAGCUCUUUGGUGAAGAUUUUUUUCGGAGGAGUCACACGUGUGGGGCACAUCUGCUGACCGGUUCGUGUUAAUUGGACGCCACCGCACCCCGCCUCGGGCUGGGCUGCCGGGCCUCUGUAAUUGGCCACCGCCGAGUUUUGUGUGCAGUUGAGCAGUGUAAGUGCAUACGAUGAUUUACAACAGUUGUUGACCAAUUACGAGAAAGGCCGUUUGGCAACAUGGAUUGACACCGUUCUGGCCUGGGGAUGGCCCACCGGUGUGAAAACGAACAUUCGCAACCAAUACGCGUUCAAACAUUUGAUGCUCAAUCCGGGCUGAACUAGCGGAGAAGUGUGCUAAAUCCGAGGAAGGUGGAAUUAUUAAUACCGAAAAAGAUAGAUAAAAACAGCACAAAUAAACACAAACCAAAAAAAGGAAACAUGAGAAAUAAGAGGAAAAUGGGGUGCAUCGGUGCUGCUAAAGUUUGAAGCCGGGGUGGAUGGAUGGAAAAUAGAGCCGAGUUUGGGAAGGAAACGUCGGUGGUGCAGUAAAACUAGUAUUUUGGAACGGCUCUCCGAAUCGUGUCGGAGGAAAUCUUGGACGAGCAUGCGAUACUGGGGUUGAACUUCUUUGGCGUGGGAAAACAAAAAAAUAAAAAGGUUGGAAUUUGGCUGCGAAAAUUAAGGAUCGGAAGCGGAUUGUGAAUUGCAGGUGUCACAACAGCAAAUCUUCAAACCUCUCCUCCCGCAAUGUUUCUGCUUUCGAUGAACCCUCAUCAAAGCCAAUCCAGCAAUCCCGCAUUUACGGUUCACCAGCUUUACGUUACGGUUCUGUGGAACCACCAAUUCUUCUAAAACCCUCUGUUCAAAAUGUCCUCAUGGAUUGACAAACGUUCCACCACCACCGGGGGGUCCCACCUGGAAAUCCAAGCCGCCCCGCUGGAGGCGGAACCCAAACCGCCGGACAUCUCCUCAACGGGCAGCGCCGCCACGCCGUCUUCAUCGCGGAAAUUCCCCCUGCGAAGGUUCGGCGAGCUGUUCCGGAACAAACUGCGCAGCUCCGGAAGUUACUCGAUCAAAACGCUGAACGACAGCGUCGCCACCAUCGCGAAGGAUGCGAAACUUCCGAACGGUCCUACGAUCGCUGAUUUGGAGAAGAUUCUGCCGGCGCCGGCGAAGACGAUAGAGCGUUCCGGAGCGGUUUCGGGACCGAUUCCGGUGCAGGCAGUUAUCGAGCAUAAAAGUUCCGCACCUGUUACUGCGGCGGCGGUUGUCGUGAAUGAGAAGCAGACGGUGGUGCGGAAUGGUGCCGGAGCGGGUCAUUACGGAGGUCGGGGAGGUGGCGCCGUUGGAACUGGUGUGCGCUCCCGGAAGGUUGCUACGCUGAACAGGACGUUCCAGAGGAAGAAAGUUGCCAAAUCCAACGGUGACACCACCACCUUCAAGAUCAUCCGUACCGCAGACGUAGAGCCCGGAGGUCAAAAGCGCCAGUCCAUCAGCAGCCAGGACACGACGGGGGAAAUCGAGUCCGAGGUGGUCGUCGGAAAGGCUCUCGGCCGUGACCGGGUGAAUUCUGCGUCGCACUACUCGACCGAGAAGAGCGGCUCGUCCGGUUACUACAGUACAAAUAUCUACUUUGCCGGCGGUGGGUCCGUGGUGGAUGAACACAUCUACUACGAGCCGGUUGAUCGGGGACGCAAGAACUCUUCGGAUGUGGAAAACAAAACGUCGGAAGUUGGAAGCGGGGUCACGAAGAAGGAGGGCAUUCUGAAGAAUGGUGGGCCGAUUGGUGACCCGAAGAGUGGUAGAACACUAGAGAAGUAUUACUAUCCGGCGGCUUUGGAGAGCGUACCGAACGAGCUGACCGUCAUGCGGGCGAAGCAGCUGAGCAACGAAAAACUGACGGACAUCGUGGAAGGUCCGGAUGGGCCGAUCCCGCGUCCAAUCUGGCCGCUGGAUGUGGAUGAUUCGCUGGCGGACAUAAACCUGGAAGCGUUUCGGAUGCGACACAGCAGUCAGCAAAACUUGAUUGGCUUUGAAAGCCCUGCUUCAUCAAAUUCAGAUAACGAAAUUUACUCCAUCAGCAAGAAAACUGCAGAUGAAAAAACGGGCAAGAAAUCCCAGUACGAGGAAUACUUGGAGUUUCAUAACACGCGGAACAUUCUGGAACAGAUCAAGGGUAAGCUGAACACUUUGCUAGAUCAACGAAGUGACAACCAGAAGGCAAACACAAACGGAAGCAAUGAGCACACGAAACCAACUCCGGCGGAAGCCGAACUAGAGGAAAAGAUAGCGAAUCUCAAGUCCGACCUGGAAGGCUACCUGCAGUCCAUGAACCAGAAGAAUGAAAACGAAAUCAAACGCUUCUGCAAGGGAAUGUCCAAGGACGCCAAGUGUCUCGCGGUGCAGAACGCCGUGGAACAGAAGAACCGAUCGCGGAGCAACUCACUGCAUCUGGAAAACGAGUACGAAGUGAUGGAGAGCAAAAAGUCCAACUCCGCAGCUACACUCAAACCUUUCUACGCGGCAGUCCCCCAUCGGACGCUGACCAGCUACCCGAAGGAAGACCCCAAGAGCUCCAACUCGCAACCUUCGUACUUUGAGACGGUUUACGUGCGGGAUGGGUUCAACGUGCGUCAGCUGAACCGAACUGCUCCGAAUCCUUUCGCGCAGGAAGUCCGCACGGCUCAGAUGUUACACCAGCAGCAGCAGCAGAGACUUCAGCGGGAACAUCGCGAGAUGGCGUAUCAACGAGGGUACUUUGGCAACGAAGAGCUGCGACCCGGUGACGGUCGACGGCUUAGCAAAGUGUCAAUAGAGGUACCCCCGCAGCAGGAGGGAAGGGAAAGUGGUGGCCGCCCUCCGGGGAUGAUGAUGAUUAGUGGUAAUGGUGGUGGGCAUGGGACAGGGAUCGCCGCGGAAAUGGCCGCGGCUAGUGCCGGAAACGGUGGCAUUUUGGUGGAUGGUCGGUUGCGGCACAAGCCGCCGGAAAUCAGUGGUGGGAAUAAUCUGGGCAAAAGUGGCGGGGAUGUGAGUGAUUUCACCCUGCAGCGGGUGAUUCUGAUGGAAAGUUUAGGCAAGAGCGGGAAGCUGUUUGGGGACAAGGAAAAGAUGCUGCUCGAGUACCACCUGAACAAGCCGAGCUACUGGGAGAUGUACUACGGCGCGAACCGGGAGGAGCAGCAGCCGCACCACACGCUGAUACGGAAGGUGAAGAUCGGAGGGAAGAACGCGAUUGCGGUUUCGUAUCCCUCAACCCGGCCCGAGUCGGACUUUACGCUGGACCUGCCCCGGGCCGAGCAGCUGCGCGUCAAGAUGAAGAAGGAAAAGCAGUUCCGGAACCGGUGCCGGUGGGUCUUCUACUUCCUCAGCGUGGUGUUCUUCCUGCUGUCGGUGAUGGUGGUCAGCCUGAUACUGACCCGGGGCAAGCGCAUGUUUGGCAGCAUGAUUUGAGGGGGAAAAUUCUUGUGCGAGUGGGUGGUUUUCUUGAGGAGGGGUUGGGGUGUCUACAAAAAUUGUUUUUUGCAAUUCCGUCGUGAAAAUACUUACUUUUCCUGUCAUUCUUGAACGACGAAAUAGCCUACUUUUCUGUACCAAAAAUAACAGAAUCGAAUAGCAACACUUUUCAAAAUAAAUGCUGAAAAGUUCUACUUUUCAGCACUGAAAUGGGUGCUGAAAAGUUGAACUUUUCAGCACUUGUUUCAAAAAGUAACACUUUUCAACAUUUUUUUGAUUUAAACGAUUUAUUGACAAAAUACAUGAAAAUUCGACUUAAAAUUUCACUCAAUAAGUGUUUUUCGAAAUUGCAAAAAAUGUUGUAUGGAACUCGUUGCAAAACUUGAUUUUUUCAGCACUCGUCGUAUUUAUCCAACUCGGUGAACCUCGUUGGAUAAAUGUACGACUCGUGCUGAAAAAAUCCUCUUUUUGCAACUUGUUGCAUAAACUACUAUUAUUUAGCUCAAACAGUUCUGAAAAAAGUAGCUCCACCUUCAAAAGUUUCAACUGCCACUGAAAUUAAACCAAUUAAUUUUCAAUCUUUUCUAAAUCAUUAGUUGCUGAUGGCUCGUUCUCAGCACCUGCCAAAAGUUUCACUUAGAGAACGGGGAAAUCGCCAAAAACUAAUUACUCGAACCACGUUGCUUAUCGCGUUGAAAGUGACAAUUUCCACUGUCAAGGCAGGAAUGAAAAAAAAAACAUGAAACACAACCAGCGGGAGUUUUUCUCACUUUCCGAGAAACCACAAAGAAGGGUGACAAAAGAAUCGUCAGACUGUUGAUAAUGUGCAAUGUUGGAAAACGGGUAACUUUUUUUGUUGGGUUUCUCUCUUCUUUUCCAGCUGAUUGAACUAAAGAGAUAAUAAUAAAAUAGAGCCACGAGAAAGGGAAAAGCUGUGGAAAAUAACAAUUGGGAAGGCGGACUGGAAUAUUCUGAAGAAAAUGUGAUAAAAUGUGUCUUUUUUCAGGUGGAAAAGAGUAAAUUGAAAGUUUGUCAAAUUCUAUACAAUUAUCGAUUUAAUAGUGGGUGGAGGGUUUCAAUUGAUUUGGAAGGGACACUUGAACAUUUUUUGAGAUAUUUAUUGCUAUUAUAUUUAAGUUGCUCGAGACAUGUAAUAUUGCUUCGAUUCCUGUUGAUUUUGUUGUCUUGAAAUCUCUGAAAUAAUAAUAUUUCUGAAAUCGAAAAAGCUCCCUUUCUAUAGAUUUUUGAGGUCUUUAAAUUCAUUUUAACCCAUCCAAUUUGCAAAAUUUAAACAAAUCUGUUAAACUGGUAGACGAUUAUCCAAGAAAUCUUUCAAAUCCACUAUCUCAGCUUAAUUGAAGUUCCGUUGACUGUUAGAAAAAGAUUAUCAGAAAAUGGGAUUCCUUUGCCGUUUGUAGGAAUCUGGAAACAGCCAAAAGAACAAUAAUAAAAAGAAAAUUGCCCAUCUACGACGUCUCCGAAAAUCCAUUAGACACCCCUCUCCCCUCAAAGGAAAAUUACCACUCGCGAAGGAAUUCCGAGUUGGCAAACUUUUCCCCGGGUAUUCACCGAUGAACCGAUCGAAUUAAGCUCUAACCGUAUUGUGAUUUAGUCAUUUAGUUCCAUAAGAUAACCGAAAGCGAUUCAAAACAGGUGAAGAAAAAAAAAUCACUGCCACUAAAAUAAUAGUACUACGGGUGCAGUAUUUGUAAAUAUUAGGGGUGCUAUUUGUGCAUAGUAGUUGCUAAUUAGUUACGAAGAAACAAGCGCAAAUGUGAGUAACAAAUUUAAAAACACACACAGUUCAAUAAAAACCAACUUGUCUUUCAA